AUGAAGGGGAAAAAGAAAGGCGCUAAAGGAACGAAGAAGAAAAAGGCGGCCCAAGAGAUUAUUAUGGACCAAGAAGUUCUCUGCGGCCUCUUCUGGGCAACUUUCUGGUUGCGUAAUAAGUCACCGCAGCGGUCGAAGGAAAUGCUCGACAACAUUUCCGGACGAAUCGAUGCAGCUGGUGAAGAGGAGCGCAGGAUAUACACCAACAUCGGAAAGCAUGUCGAGCGAGCAUUGAAAAAAAUAUAUAGGAGUCCUUUGGCGAUCAGAUCGGGCCAACGAGUAGAGUUGAAGGAAACGAUGGAGGAGAACGUCGAUCAGUAG